AUGUCCGCCCAGUACCCACCGCAGCCGCGCCCGGCGCCGAUUCCGCAACCUCAACUCGCUCCGUCGGGUCAGACGCCAGGCUCGUACACCGAGGCGUUCAGAGGUCGAGAAGCGCACACCAAGUUCGCAGAUCCGUGCGAGAUUGCUCGCCAGGAGAGUAUGCGGUGUCUGAACGACAACUCGUAUGACAAGGGAAAGUGUACCGAGUUCUUCCAAGCAUAUCGAGACUGCAAGAAGACCUGGCUGGAUCAGCGUCGCGAGGACCGUCGAGCCGGCAAAGACGUCGCCUGA